AUGAUGAGGAAUCAAGGCUCAUCAUCGUCGUCGUCUUUUCAAGACACCGACUUUUCUUUCAAAGAAAAUAUCUACCAACAAUUAGUGGAAGGGAAUAUUGAAACAAUACGAUCGUUUCUUCUCACCAAAUCAAGAAACAAAUAUUUUCUUAUCAUUAUCCAUUUUGGAGAUAAAAAAGGAGGGUUAAGGGUGAGAAGAAACAGAGAGAUAGACAGUUUUGAGUUUGAGGAUGUAAUUGAUCUCACGUAUGAGCAACAUUCAUUUGUUCAGUUUGUAGGACUAAAGAGUCUUCAAUCGGGUGAAGUUUUACCCAUGAUUCCUCAUCCAAUCAUUCCCAACACAACCUUUCUUGAAAAAAAGUAUGUCAAUCGAAUGAAAGAAGGAGAAGAGUUUGUCCUUCUCACACAGGACACUCGAGAGGAUGCUGUUUCUCGCUUAUCCAAAGAUCAAUUAGAAGCCAUUCGAGAUAAGUUUAACAAAAUUGAUGAGAAUCGAUCAGGUGUGAUUACCACUCACGAUAUCGAAAAAUAUUUCAAAACGAUUUGCGAAAAUAAGAUUGCGAACCUAACGCAUAUGGUUCAGGAGAAGGUGAAAAAAGAACCCCACAAAGAACUGUAUCACUCUCAACAGCUUGAAAAGCAUAUCAAAAUGGUAAAGAAGCAAUGUGAGACUAAUGUUGAAUAUUUUCGAUCCAUUGACUUGAAUAACGAUGGAAUUAUUACAUUUGAGGAGUUUAAGAACUAUGAGUCCAAGUUUUAUUUAGACCCAAAACAACACUAG